UUGAUCACCAAUUUACCCGACGAUUCACGGAUAGACCAACGCGUCAUCACGUCUGCAUUCUCCGACGUUUCCGUAUCCAAGCCUAUUCUCUGCCAGUCAGCCCGCUCGACUGUCAACGGGACGCAAUACACGACACUCGACGGCCUCUUGUCCAUCCCAACCCGCCCUUCGCGCCAGACUCGACCAUUCGCACGAGGACAUCGUAGCCAAACGUCGCCAAGAUGCCUGCACAGGAAGAAGGUGUCAUGAGAAGGAAGCUUGUCAUCAUUGGUGAUGGUGCUUGCGGAAAAACCAGUCUACUGAGUGUGUUCACCCUUGGAUACUUUCCCACCCGAUACGUACCAACUGUGUUCGAAAACUAUGUGACCGACUGUCGUGUAGACGGCAAGUCUGUGCAACUAGCUCUCUGGGAUACCGCUGGACAGGAGGACUACGAACGUUUGCGGCCAUUGGCAUACUCACAAGCCCACGUAAUCCUGGUCGGUUUCUCCAUCGAUACACCGGACUCUCUUGAGAACGUCAAGCACAAGUGGGCUGAUGAGGCCACGGAGCGAUGCCCUGGAAUUCCCAUCAUUCUGGUUGGACUCAAGAAGGAUCUCCGCGACGACCCUGUCGCCCAGGAGGAAAUGCGAAAACGGAGCCAGAAAUUCAUCACCACCAAAGCUGGCGAGGACAUGAAAGAACUCAUCGGAGCACGCAAGUACCUGGAAUGCAGCAGUUUGACAGGAGAUGGAGUGGACGAUGUCUUCGAGGCCGCUACUCGCGCUGCUCUACUCGCAGUCGACAAGAAAGACCGCGCAGGCUGUUGUGUCAUCCUCUAAGUCUUGUCCAUGCAAGACAACGGCCUUAUUUUCUCCUAGAUUCCAUGACCAGCAUUGGGACGGCGUUUUCUUUUUGCGGGGGUUACAAGCGAACAUGUCAAGGUACCUAGGGCGGGCCUUUAUCCUUUCUGCUUUUUCUUCAUGUUGUUGGGCGCGGUGUCGAAAAGCCGAGAUUG